GCGGCCGCCGUCCUGUCACGCUUUUUGCCGCAAGCGCACAGAGACUACAAUGAUUCAGUUUCAAUCAUGGCGUCGACAAAACAGCACAUUUAAAAUGUUAUUCCAAUUAUUUUUGACAAGUUUAAUUUUCAUUUCAAAUGUUCGUUGCCAAGGUCAGAAGCCGUACGUCUUCCCGAUCCCGUUUGAACUUCCUAAUCGCAAUGACAGGGCGGAUCAGUGCUGGUUGAGGAUCGAAGAUGAAGAGCUGAUAGAAACCGCGGUGGUAUACUGCCAUAUUGCUCAUGAGUUCUUACGAGGUUACAUCAGAGACUACAACUCGAGGAAGAUGCUGGAAGAUGACGUCGACGUGAGCCUUUGGAGCGAGUUGCCGCGGAGCCAGGCUGCGAUACCGAAGCCGUCGGAGACCAUCAAGAGUAAUGGUCAGAAGAUCGUGGAUUGGAAAGUGACUACAGUGAUGGAUCCAAUCACGCACACAAGACUGUAUGUGAGUCAGAAGGCGGACUGCAAGCUCGUCAUGUACAGUAGGGAGGGGAUGUCCAACUAUCAGGUGGAAUGUGCGAGGAUUUUGUAUUUCGUCAACCACCACAUGAACAGUAGUGCUGUGCCUAGUGCUAAGACGAGUCUGAUUGCAUUGUGUGUUCUACUGUUAUUGCUAUAUAGUGCUCAUUAAAGUGUUAGUCUCACAGUGAACAAGAGUCAAUAUUUUGUUAAUUUUGGUAAUGGCUUUUGCUGCAGUGGUAAUCAAUUGUUAUUUUCCAAUGGACGAGUGUUUCCACACCGGCUGAAAGGCGUUGCCAUCUGUGCGGUGAAGGUCGGCCUGAACAAUUAGUUCCAAUUCAUUCACUCUGUACAUUUGAGCGGAAAAUUGUAUUAUUUAAAAGCAUUGCUCAAUUGAAUAGUGGAAAGAAAGACCUUUCAUGCAUGAUCAGUGACGAAAAACAGCAAAUGUUUCAUGAGGAAGAAUAAGAAUAGUCUGACGUAAUAGUCUGUUCUUUUGGUGUAUUAUUAUGUAUUUGUUUGUAUCAAUCAACACUAUUCAGUCGGGCUGGACAGAGAUGCAAUUCUACAACAGACUUUUUCGGUACGCUCUGGAUGAUAAGCAACUGGACAAAUUAUACUUUUAUUACUCUACACCAACUCUAGAAAAAAAUAUUUAUGAUUCUGCCUACCCCAGUAGGAAUUUUGAGCGAAAUGUGUGUAUUCAAAUUUAGAAUUUAACUCGUAAUUUUCCUAAACGCUAAAAUAUUUUUACAAUGGAAAUCCCAUAAGGAUAAAAUUGUUGUUACCUGCACUUAUUGACCUUUUGUUGUACUUAAUCGACUGAUUUUUACGAUAUUUUAUUUUGUUAUUAACUUAUUUUGUUUUCCUUAAGACUCCAACAGGUCAUACAGGUACAAUGUCCUUCAUAUUUUGCGAAUAAAUAAAAGUACAAAAAAUAUUUAGUUAUCAUUAUUACUUAUCUGUUUUAGUAAAAAAGUACCUAAUCUUGACUGUAAAAAAUAUUUUAUUAUGAUAAUAAAAAAUAAAAAAUAUA